AUGAGGAAUAAAAAGCAUCAUUAUCGUGAGUUAUCGGUUGAAUUACAGGAGGUUCUUGGCCGUGUUCCAGAUCAGUUUGUGUCAUAUUUCACUGAAAAAUUCCCAAGGUUGUUGCAACAUACGUAUACUGCAAUGAUUUAUUGUGCCACUGAGCCCGCGUUCAGUGAAUAUUAUUCUGAAGAAUCUCAAAAACUGGCUAAAAGUUUGGUUCAGAAGUUGGAAAAAGAAGAAAAGGAAAAUAGAAAAGCAGCAGUUCAAGUGAUAUGUAAAGAAGCAGAGAAUGAAGUCAGUAAAGUUGGGGAUAAUAAGGAAGCGAGUGAAUCAGAAUCUCAUCAAGCCAGCAUUGUAGAGAGGGAAAUAGAAAUUGCUAGUAAUAUUGGAGAAGCUGAUGAUGCUGAAGGUGUUGUGGGGAAAAAUCCUGAAUUUGUUACCACAACUAUAGCUCAUGUUGAAUUUGGCAAAAUUCGAUGGAACCGAAAAAGUAAGAAUCGUCGUAAGCGUUCAAAACCGGUUUGA